AUGUCUCAAUUCGACGAGGCAUUCAAGGAGUUCAGCAAAAAUCCGACGCCCGCCGCGCUAGAAUGCUUUGCAUCGUAAGUGCAAUCAAAUUUAUGCCAUGAAAUUAAACAAUUGGUUUACAGUCAGAUGGAAGUGGUUUCCAAAAUGCUUCCAAAUGAGGUGGUGAAGUCCGGUCUAGUGGCGUGCAUCAGGGAAAUGAUGAGCAAGCCCAAGUUCUCGGAGGCCCGCAAAAACGAGGCAAUGCUCCGUCUCUAUAAGAUAAUGUGUCGUGUCAGUACGACUCUCGGAGGAAUCGGCAUUUACAAAGAGCUCGAAAAGAAAGGCGACUUCGUGAAUUCGCUCAAGUUUCACCUUCAGUGGGCUGAAGAGUGCGCCAAAAAGAACCUAGCAGAUCAAUUCGAGACUGUUCUGAAUUUAGCACGAAAACGCCUCAGUGACAGAAUGGAUUUGACCAGUCUGGAAUCUGGCUUCCGUGAUAUCGCCGAUGAUUAUUUUAGCGACAGAGUAAACCAUUUGUUCAUAAAUCCGGACGACACGCUCAGCAUGUUCGAUACUCGCUUGUACAACAAUGGCGUGGCUAAGAAAGGUAGAAUGGUCAUGAUCAGAUCUUUGAUGUCCCAAACUUAAAAUUCCAGCGAAAAGACGUUCUUCGGUGUGUCAUCUUCGCCAAGUCGCCCCAAUCAAUAACACAGGAAAGAAUGCAUUUGGACCACGAAGUUGGUUAAAAAAAAUUUUUUUGUACAAAUUAACGUUUCAGCCAUCACGAACUUACGCUCCGAGUUCAUAGACACUCCGGACCGUGACGGUAUCUCGAUCGAAGAGUUCCGUUACGCCAAGUGGAGAGAUGAUUUCGGAGAAGACGUCGACAAGAGGAGGGACUCGGGAAUUGUAAUGCCGACCUACAAGUGCAACGAAACUGACUUGAAGACCCGCGAAGCUGUCGACUCCAGAAUGAACUCGAAUCCGCGAAGACGUCAGUUAUCCACGCUCAGCGAAAAGACCGCGGAGGAGCAUGAGGACGAGAAGAGAAGCAGAAUCUUUUCUCCGCAAGUGCCAACGAAGGACGCUGUCAGACCGCCUCUCCGGGAUUCGAUGCUCAAGGAAAACAACCCUCCAACUAUCACGCUCUCCUCAGAUACCAAGAUUACUGCAAACGACACGACAUUCGAGAAGGACAGCGAGCCGUGGGCGUCGGAGGCGGACAAUGAGAAACUGCUGCUGAUGGCGUCUGGCAAGAAGGAGAACAGUCGUCCGGAACGCACUCUGAGCACUUCGUCGCAGUUUUCCACCCUCUCUUCUCGGACUGCAAAGAGCGGAGCCGGUCUGGAGCUGAUGGCCGAGAACAAGUGUUUGGAGGCUCAUGCCAUGUUCUCUGAUACGGUUCAUUUGGGCUACGAAAAGACGAUGAUGGUAGAAGACGACUCAGUGAUUAUAGAAUCAGAACCGACGAAGUCUCUGGCUCCCACUCAAUUGUCAAACGCUACCACGGACUUUUCUGUUCUUUGUGAUCCGGAUCCGACAAUGCACGCGACAAACGAUCGUUUGAAAAAGCCGUCAAAUGGCCUAAACGUCGUGUACGAUGAGCUGGCAGGUGACGAAGAAGUGAAACGUCCGCAACAUGAAGACGUUCUUCCCUCGAAGUCGAUCACCACUCCACCAUCGUUCAACAACCUCGAUGAAUGUAAGUUCUGAUGUAGCAUGUUUUCAUAAUAAUCGCCGUGAAGUUCCAGUGGACGACGACUUCUUCGGAGGAUUCGCCAAACCACUGCGUGGAAGUAUCGUAACCUCUACGCCGGCAGUCGGAAUUCCAUAUGUAGACGUUGAAGAGUACUUCGGAAACAAAGACGAAGAGGCGGCGGAGCAACAGAAUGCUCCGACCUUUGUGGCUCCUUCCAGCAGUACUUUCCAUCGCCUGGUAUCCAACGAAUUGAGAUUCGUUCGAUUCUCAUUUUCAGAUGCGUCGCAAGUCGGCUGCCCCCGCGAAUACUCUCGCAGCUCCACCGCCAUCGAAGCCAGUUCAACAAGCGCAGCCGACAUUCCAGAAGAACAACUCGUCGAUAGAGGCUCUCUCAGAGAACCUGGAAAGGCGCUUGUCUCUGGGCGCCGAAGAGAUUCAGAAGGCCAUCGAAGACGAGGCGGAAACGACCGGAAUUAGGAACAGACGGCGCAGCGAAGUGAUGAGGGGCGAGAUGAAUCCGUGGGACGAAGAGAUCCGCAAGAAGCUGAUGUCGCUCGUUCGCCCGCCGACGAACAUGCACGAGUUUCCAGUAAGCCACAUUUGCUCUGUUCAUUUCCAGUAAUUACGUUUUCAGUCGAGAUCUCCAAAAAUUCAAGCUAACCGAGAUUUUGAAGCCGGAGGAGAGCGCUUCCAAAUCCAGUCGCUUAUCGGACAGGGAGGCUAUGCGAAAGUGUACCGUGCGCUGAACGAAGAAGGAAAGACGAUCGCAGUGAAGUACGAAGUGCCUUCGUGCUCCUGGGAGGUGUACAUCUGCGAUCAGAUGCGGAACCGGCUGCUGAAAGACGGAAAGGAGAAGAUGGCCGACGGGUGCAUCAUGCAGGUCAUGGAUGCGUACGUUUUCUCGACGGCAUCUCUUCUCGUCAACGAGUACCACGAGUACGGAACGCUUUUGGAGUACGCCAACCACAUGAAGGAUCCAAAUUGGCAUAUCACGUGCUUCCUCAUCACUCAGAUGGCUCGCAUUCUGCAGGAUGUUCACGGAUGCAACAUCAUCCAUGGAGACAUCAAGCCGGACAACUUUAUCAUAACUAGAAAGUUAGUGAAUUAGAAAAAGUGGUGGCGAGCAAUAAUUCUAUUCAGAAUCGACGCAAACUGGAGCAAGGAUGCGCUGCUGAGCUCGGACACGUUCGUCUUCAAACUCAUCGACUGGGGUCGUGCCAUUGAUAUGCGCCCAUUGACUGGCAAAACCUUCAAAGGAAGAGCUGGAACAGAAGGAUUCGAUUCGCCCGAAAUGAUCGAUGGACGCCCGUGGACCUAUCAAGCCGAUUACUUCGGAUUCGCCGCCACCAUGGCUGUGCUUGUCACUGGAAAAUACGCGAAGCUGAUGGGAAGUACCGUCGGAGAAUACUCGCUCAAUGUGGACAUCAAGAGGUUCGUCAGUUGCAGUGUUUCAUAAACUCAUCAAGCUUUUUCCAGACGCAACACUCUUCGCGAAACCAUCCUCGAUGUGACCAACAAAUUCCUGAACAUCAGUUCGUGUGCAACUCUCCCUGACUGGAAUGAAGUGAUUCGUUCGUUCUCCGAUGUUUGGGAAGAGAAAUUCGACGUGUCGGCGUGGAGACAAGCCGUUUCGAGAUUCAACGAAUCGUGCGAGUUGGCAGCGACAAACAACAAAAAUUAA